AUGAACCGCUCACUCCGCCUCCUCAAGCCCCACCCAGCCUACGCAUUCCCCGCCCGCCCUAUCCACACCGCCCUCCCUACAAACCUCGCCAGGCCCUAUGCCUCCCCCGUUUCUCCCCUCGCAAAGCAUGCUGCUGCCCGUCUCGGCCUUUCGUCUUCUUUGCAACGCUCCAUGAGGGGCUAUGCUACCGAGCCGCCAAAAGACGGUAAAGACACAGAGUACAGAGAAGCCCAGUCCAAGACACCGAGUGCCGCGUCCGAGGUCAAAAACUUGGCAGGCGGAUUUGCGCAGGUCAUUGCUGGUAACAGUGUUGAAGCUGCCGCUGCUGGUGCACGAGAACAGUCAAACCCCCGAGUAGCCGGGUCGCUCCAUGACGACUUUGUGGGCGCUACGCAAGGCCUAGCGAAGGAAGUCCCCAAAUCCGCUAUGGUGCUAGGCAAGUGCAUUCGAUCUAACAUGGGGUAG